AUGAAUCUUUACUCUUUUCUUCCCCGUAGGAUUUCGUAUGACCCCACAAGGUAUCCUAAAUACAUUCCUGAAGCCUACUGCCUGUGCAAAGGCUGCCUGAUGGGGACCUUUGGGGAGGAGGACUUCCACUUCCGCAGCACCCCGGUGUACAUGCCCACUGUCAUCCUGCGCCGCUCCGCGUCCUGCGCCGGCGGCCGCUACGUCUACACCGAGGACUACGUCACUAUCCCGGUGGGCUGCACCUGUGUCCCUGAGCAAGACAAAGGGGCUGAAAGUGUAAAUUCCAGCAUAGAUAAGCAAGAAAUGAAGCUGCUGGUAAGCCAGAACAAGCCGUCGUCAGAAUGAGGACUGUAUAGAUUCAUGUGGCAGUGUUGGCUUCACAUCAUCAUUUCACCACCUCAGGAAGCUGCACCACAGCAGCAGACACAUUGACUUACCCUCUUUUUCUACUUCCAGUUAUUUCAGUUGUAAGAUGGAAAGUUCUGUCCAGUCGCUCAGAUUCAUAUUAAGAACUUACUUAGUUCAUGUAAGUAUUUGUUGCAAAUUCCAGUGUAGCUUUUUUUGCUUUUCUUAGAGCAGCGCAUUUUAUCCUCGCUUAUUCACACUAAACUUUAGAAAAUAAUGCAACUGUAAGACAUGCUAGCUAUUACUAUAGCAGACUACUGGUUGUAGAUAUUUUUAAGGCGUAUCUUAUACUCUACUUUUAAAUACUCACAUAUAAAAAUCACAUAGCUGCCAUACAUGUGCCAAAUCAGCAGUUAAAAAGGAUAAUUUUUGGGGCUGGGAGAGCCUUCCUUUAUACUGCAUAUCUUAACCCCAAGCUGUGUUCUUGACUUUUACAUCUUUAUACAGCAAGGAAACCUUUGCUGAGUUUGAGUCAAUUAUGAAACAAUACUCUACAGGUCUGCUAUUUUUAAACUUGCCAAAUUGCUAAGGGUACAAAAGUAUUGAGAAAAGUAUGCUAGAUUGUUGUACAACUGCACUGGAGUAAGUCUAAUUGCUCAGAAAAUAUAAACUAGACAAAAUAGUUUGAGUCCCAAGAAUUCUGGUUUACAUUUAAUUCAUCAUGAACUGUGUAACUGUUCCUUGUGACAAAACUGUAUUGUACAGUUGAAAGGACAAAAUAUUUUCCAUGUUAUGAGAAGAGAUUCCCCAUUAAAAAAAAAAAGUACAAAGUGUAGGCUUCAUUCCAGGUACAAUGGAGAUAAAUAAACAGGCAAGCUCUUAACUACAGAUGCUACAGGGGUCAUUGAGAUGAGUUCCAGCCAAUCCAGACUUGUUAAAAUCAACUGAUUUAUACAGUUGGUGUUACUCAUUUUUCCCUAUGCUACACAUA